CUUCUUAUCCAUCACCCUCUUUAUUUUUUUCCCAGCCGUGGAGGAGUGCAAGAAGCGUGGAUGGUUAUGUUUGAAAAGGAGUCAGGACAACCAUCGGACCAGUCGACUGUGACAGUGAUGCCUUCCAACAAAUAUUCAGCUGCUAUCAUGGAGGAGAGCAACAACAUGACGGCCACUGCGGCGGUGAACGGAGACACGCCUCCACCAGAGGGCCUAUCAGAGAAUGACAGCGGCGUGGAGCUGACCAAUGAGAACAGCCCUCUGACCGCGGCCGAACCGCCUUCACCCUUCAGCCCCAAACAGAACGGAGACGCCGCUUCACCUCAAGAUGGUAACGAGUGUUUGAGCGGAAGCAGGAAGAGGAGGAGGAAGAAGUCUGUGCAGGAGGAGGAGGAGAGUACUUGGGACUCCUACAGCGAGGCGAAGUCUGCAUCAGGAACGUCUCAGCUGAGUUUGAGACAGACGCCUCGACCCAGAACCAUCUUCCAGGCCGGUCUGACGCCGCACUCACACUCCAAACCUCGCAGACAGAGCCGCAAACUAGAGCACAGCGUUUCACCGUGUGUCAGCGGUCCUCGGACCAUCGCCGUGGUGACCGGCGGGGUCCCCGAAACCCCCAGUCUGGAGCUGAUGGAACAAGACUCCAAAGACUCGGCCCAAAGUAGCAUCACCACGUCCAGCUCCGAAACCCAGGCGGAGUACAAUGACAACAAGGGAUUUGGCAUCGGCGUGCUGGUUUGGGGGAAGAUCAAAGGCUUCUCCUGGUGGCCCGGCAUCGUGGUGACGUGGCGCGCGACCGGCAAACGCCAGGCCAGCAACGGCAUGAGGUGGCUGCAGUGGUUUGGAGACGGCAAGUUCUCCGAGGUUUCAGCAGACAAACUGGACUCCAUCACCGCCUUCCCAAAGUUCUUCAGCCAGGCCUCCUACACCAAGCUGGCGUCCUACCGCAGGGCCAUCUUCCAGGCUCUGGAGAUGGCCAGCAUCCGGGCGGAGAAAACGUUUCCUCCCUGCGAGUCGGACAAUCCCGAAGACCAGGUCAAACCCAUGCUGGACUGGGCCAACGGAGGCUUCCAGCCCAAAGGAGAGGAGGGACUCAAACCUACGCACAACGCCGCGAGUAACCCUCUGGACCUUCAGGUCCUCGAUGUUUCCCUGCCGGAGUAUUACCCCAGCGCUAAGCGGCCCAAAGUCGGCGUCUGUAAGAGCAAGGCUGCCCCCGAGGAAACCUACAGCAGAGAACAAAUGGUGAAUGAAGUUCUGAAGAAUAAAAGAAGUAUAGAAGAGUUCUGUCUCUCUUGUGGAAAGAUGAGAGCAGCAACCUUCCACCCGCUGUUUGAAGGAGGCCUGUGCCAAACAUGCAAGGACGUGUACUUGGAGAUGUCCUACAUGUACGAUGAUGACGGUUAUCAGUCCUACUGCACCGUUUGCUGCGGAGGUCGAGAGGUUCUGCUCUGCGGCAACGUCAACUGCUGCAGGUGUUUCUGUGUGGACUGUCUGGACAUCCUGAUCGAUCCCGGAGCGUCCAACAACGCUCGGCAUCUGGACCCGUGGCGAUGCUACAUGUGCCAGCCGCUGAUGCCGUACGGCGUCCUCAAGCGACGACAUGACUGGAGCCUCAAGCUGCAGGAGUUCUUCGCCAACGACAACGGACAGGAGUUUGAAAAACCAAAGAUUUACCCAGCAGUCCCUGCAGAGCAGAGACGGCCAAUCAGAGUCCUUUCCCUGUUUGACGGCAUUGCAACUGGCUACUUGGUUCUGAGGGAUCUGGGUUUUAAGGUGGACCUGUACGUGGCGUCGGAGGUGUGCGAGGACUCGAUCUCAGUGGGCGUCGUCAGACAUGAAGGAAAGAUCCAGUACGUCCACGAUGUUCGAGACAUCACCAGGAAAAACAUUCAGGAGUGGGGUCCGUUUGAUAUGGUGAUCGGAGGAAGUCCCUGCAACGACCUGUCAAUUGUCAAUCCAGCAAGGAAGGGCCUCUAUGAAGGCACAGGAAGGUUGUUCUUUGAGUUUUACCGUCUGCUGAGCGAGGCCAAGCCCAAAGAAGGAGAGGACCGGCCGUUCUUUUGGAUGUUCGAGAACGUGGUCGCCAUGGGCGUCAACGACAAGAGGGACAUCUCACGAUACCUGGAGUGUAACCCUGUGAUGAUCGACGCCAUCGAGGUCUCCGCUGCUCACCGUGCUCGGUACUUCUGGGGAAACCUGCCGGGCAUGAACAGACCUCUUUGUGCCUCUGGGAUGGACAAACUGGAGCUGCAGGACUGUCUGGACCACGGCAGAGUUGCAAAGUUCGGGAAGGUGCGUACCAUCACUACGCGCUCUAACUCCAUCAAACAGGGGAAGGACCAACACUUCCCUGUCCUGAUGAACGGGAAGGAGGACAUCCUGUGGUGCACCGAGCUGGAGAGGAUCUUCGGCUUCCCUGUCCACUACACAGACGUGUCCAACAUGGGUCGCGGUGCCAGGCAGAAGCUGCUGGGCCGGUCCUGGAGCGUCCCCGUCAUCAGGCAUCUGUUCGCACCGCUCAAAGACUACUACGCCUGUGAAUAAACACCGCCCGUCACCAGCAAACAGAUGUCACUUAUCAAUGAACACACACCAGCUUCUCUAUUGUAACACCGGCUCCAGGAUACAUCAGCCGCCAGAAAAAUUUUGUGGUUAACUUUGUCAGGAGCUGGAAAGUUUCUCACCUCUGUCGGCCACGUCGGCGGGCAAACGGCCAGUUAUAGUCAAAGUCUAGAAAUCAGUGUAGCUGGGAGUUCGUGAAAGUAGCUGUUAGUUGGUUUGCAGCCCUUUUUCUGGGUUGAUGUGAUAAUGCACUGCGGCCUUAAACACACAAUAACACACACUAACACAGAGAUACACACAAAUGCAGCACGGGUGAGCACCUCGGCUGUGGUUCAUCACUACCCAUAGUGCCAGAAAGAGAGGGAGCGUCAAACGUCAGGUGACCGAUUCAUGAAAGUGCAGCCAGUCAGAACGACAGAUUAUAUCAUCCUAAUCGUAGGC